CCUAGUUUUCGUUGUACUGUCAUUGUUGAAGAUGAAUAGAUCGGAAGUUUCUCGAAAAUAAAAAUAAAAAAUCAAAAGGACCCAAACGAGCUCUCCUUCAGUUUUAGGCAUCCUCCAACCGAACCUAAAAAACAGAGUGAGUUGUACCAUACCGCAGUACCCUGCACCACCAACAAGCCAUUUCCUUUCCCCAGAAUGCACACGAAUUUCUAAACAACCGGACUGAAAACCCAUGGGCAAGAAAUCUCAGACCACGCGCCAAACAUACAAACAAGAAACGUAGCAAAUAUAACGGGAGCCAGAUCCUAAUCGACGCAGCACACAACCAGGUACACAUACAGGCCAUACCGAAAGUACGCGAUCGAGUCGAGUGAAAAAUCCACCGGCCAUGAAGGGGAGGAAGAGGCAUCACGCCUUGUCCUGCUGCGUGCUGCUCACCGUUCUCGUCAUCCUGGGCAUCCUCUCCCUCGUGCUCUACAUCCUGUACCGCCCGCUCCCGCCGCGCGUGGUGACGUCGCCCGUGGAGACCACCGUCGAGGACUUCAGCCUCCUCCCGCCGUCGCUCACGCUGUCCGCGAGCGUGCACGUGAUGGCGAGCAACCCGAGCCGCGCGCCGUUCCGGUACGGGGAGACGGUGACGGCGGUGACGUACCACGGCGAACCCGUGGGGACGACGGUGGUGCCGGCCGGCAAGAUCGGCAGGCGGACGACGUCGUGGGUGGCGCCGGUGACGGAGGUGGACGGGUUCAAGGUGGCCGAGAGCCCGCACUUCGCCGGCGACGUGGUGGCCGGGGCGCUUCCGUUCGUGGUGGUGGUGAGGCUGGACGGGAAGGCGCUGGUGCUGCGCGCGUUUGAGGUGAGCGUGACCGUCGAGGUGGUGUGCUACGUCCAGGUCUACGUCCUCCAGGGGGACAGCAGCUCGAACUGCGUCUCGAGGGUCCGCACAGGGCCUGGACGUAAUUACUAGCGUGCGUCGCUCGUAAUCCAUCCAUCCUCUUGUGCCACAAUUUGUUUCCUUUAUUUAUUCUUUCCAGUUUGUAAGUCGGAAACUAUGGACGUUCCGGUUGCGAGUUC